AUGACUGCCUCAGCCUCUGCCCGCUCCCCUCUCACCCGCGCACUCUUCGCAAUCGGCCUAGAGGCACUCACGACCCUCUCACGGGACGGCCUGCUCUUGCUCCUCCAACGCAUGAUCCGGAUGUACGCCUACGGCAGCUCCACGCUCGUUCUUGCGCUAUUAUUCAACUCCCUGGGGUUCUCGGACACCCAACUAGGGGCAUUCAUGACUCUUACAUUGCUGGGCGACGUACUGGUCAGCUUGCUAUUGACGCUGGUUGCGGACAAAGUUGGGAGGAGGAAUAUAUUAUUAGCGGGAGCGGGGCUGAUGCUCGCAAGCGGAGUGGUAUUCGCCCUUGGCAGCAGUUACAUAAUCCUCCUCCUCGCCGCUAUAGUAGGCGUGAUCACUCCCAGCGGGAACGAGAUCGGCCCCUUCCGCGCCAUAGAAGAGUCGAUCCAAGCGCAGAUCACGCCUGCCAACCUCCGCACAGACAUCUUCGCCAUCUCUGGCAUGGUCGGGUUCCUCUCUACCGCCCUGGGCCAGAUCUCGAUCGGCUGGGCGACGGAGCGCAUGAUUGGCGUCUGGGGGUGGAGCGAGCUGGACGCGUAUAGGGCUGUGUUUUGGGUGUAUGCGGCGUGUGCUGGUAUGAAGCUUGUGUUGACUGCGGGGUUGAGCGAGGAAUGUGAGGUCGAGAAGCUGAAGCAUCCCAAGCCCCCCCGCCUCUCCACCAGGAUCAUCAAUCUCUUCCCCACUCUCUCCCCCGAAUCCCGCUCCAUCGUCUGGAAGCUCUCCCUCCUAUUCGCCCUAGACAGCCUCGGGGGCGGCCUCGUUCCCAAGUCCUUUGUCGUCUACUUCUUUUACCAGAAAUUCGGCCUCCCCACCUCGGCCCUAGGGACGAUAUUCAGCCUCACCUCGCUCGGUUCGGGCAUCUCGAACCUCCUCGCUGUCGCCAUCGCCAAACAGAUCGGCCUGGUACGGACAAUAGUGUACACCCAUCUCCCAGGGGCGAUGUUCCUCUCCCUCACACCUGUGAGCUCGAACCUCUACAUAGCAGCAGCGUGCAUCAUCCUCCGCUCAACAGCAGGGUCGAUGGGCCGUGCUCCGAGGACAGCGUUCACAUCCCAAGUAGUGCUAAAAGAAGAACGCACAAGCGUGCUAGGGAUCGUCAAUGUCGUGAAGACGCUUGCGCAGGCGGCGGGCCCCUGGAUCUCGGGAAGACUCAGCGAGACGGGGAAUUUGUGGCUCAGCUUUGUGGUUGCUGGGGCGUUGAAGGCGACGUAUGAUUUUGGAUUGUUGUGGGUGUUUUUGAACCAGAAGCCGAGGGAGCAGUGA